CGCCGGCAGCCAUUUUGUCCGCCAUUUGUAUUAUCCCCCACACAGGUUGUCAGUAAUUUGAAGUAGGAGUUAUUUUAAAAUUAUGAAUAUUAAUUGCAGUUUAUUAUGAACCUCAAGCCCUUACAAAAAGUGGAAGCAUCAUGAGUAACAAUAAGUCACGUUCAAGUAGACCUUACGACCCCAAUAAUAGCUUUGUUAAGAAAGUCGCUUCACGCGUCUCUGGCCUCAUACCUAGAUCAACAUCAUGGCUGUCAGGCUGGUUUUCUCCCACUACUGGGACAGACCCUGGUUCAGGUAGUAGAGGGGACCCUGUUAACAGUGAGGAAGAUCAUUUUGAAGAUGCUUUGGAAAAGCCACCUCCAUCCAAAAGAUUUAAACUGACAACUAAUGGGUAUGUUGACACAUAUCAAAGGUGUCAAAUAGUGCAACCAGAGACAAAUGAUAACAGACUUGUCCCAAACAAUUUUGACACGUCUGCUAUUCCUGGACCGAGUGGCCUUGGGAAUCGCCCAAGUGGUUUUGUUGCCUCUACACCAGCAGUAACUUCAGUGCAGCACCUGGAGCCCAAGGCUAAUGGUGAUGACUGCUCUGAAAGUGGAGAAUCAACUAGUGGCUGUUCAUCUCUGGAACCCCAAAUUAACAGAGGUUUGCCAAGUGUUCAAACACAAUCAAGACAAAAUGACACACUUUCUCCUAGAAAACGAUUACUCGAUGAUAAACUUAAUUAUAGUAAUUUGCAAAACUCGAGGUGUUUAUAUCUUGACCGGUCAUCUAGCAGUCGGAACAAUCAAACAGUGGGUAGGCGCAAUAACCCAUCAUUCUGUGUCAGUACUUUUGGGACACCUCUGUUUGGGGAGAGAGGUUCUGUCAAUGACCUUAUUCUUAAUUCACCUUUCUACACUGGUCGCACUACUUACGGAGGUGCUUCCUCAGCAUCUUAUCGGCGUUCUAUUGGCUCUGCAUCCCUUUCCUCAUCUCCUGCAAACAGUGAGAAGAGGCAUGCGAUCAAGGUGAAACCUGGAAACAUGUCAGCUGCAGAGGAUAGUGGUAUGAGUCAAACUGCUAAGAGAAUACUUGCAACUCUGGAACAGUUUUCCACACCUAUUUUGGAUGCAAAGCGCAUACCAGUUGCUCAGGAGCCAGUUUUAGCAAGCUUGGGAAGCAGAAAACGCACCAGGGCUGAAGAUGCUGGAAACUCUCUACUUGUUUUAGAACAGGCUAAAGUUCCUAAGCGUGUUUCCAACAAACCUAUGCAUUGGGCAAAAGGAGCUCCCAUCACUUCUCAACUAACAAUUCCUGUUGCUCCUGAUACAUUGAAACUGCGACGACGAGAUAUUAUCCCUGAAACAGCUACAUCUGCAACUACAUCGUGUACUUCAAAUGCUGAAUCAUACACACUUAGGACUGCAAGUGACAACACCAACAGUUCGUCUAGGAAUACUUUGAAAAUGAAACAACGCCUUAAUGACAUCAAAGAACCUAAAGAACCAGAAAUGGCUGUUGAAGUAAACCUCCCUGAUGUUCCUCUACCAAUAUCUUCCCUUCCAACUUUUGACAUCAGUGUUCCAGCCCCAAAAUCAGAUACCAUUAAACCAUCAGCUCCCUUGUCUUCAAGUGCACAGCCUGGUACAACCAAGCUGUCGAACAGUCUGCUCACACCAUCAACUUCUUCCAGCCCUUCUUUACCUACUUAUAAAUUUAAUUCAGAAGCUGCAACGACCGAUGCUUCAUUCUCAUUCUCAUCACCCAUCAGGGUGUCUUCAGCAAGUAAGGAUCAGCCUCUUGCACCUGUGAAUAACUUUACCUUCAGCAACCCAUUGCCUGCAUCUCUAACCUUUUCAACCCCUUCAGCAAAUUGUGUCAAAGCCCGCCCCAAAGCUGCCACUGGCUCUCCGAAAUCAAAUGAUACUGCUGUGGCAAUGAUGGGUUUGAAGACUGCACCUGAAUUGAAAACUGGUAGUGUGAUGGACAUCUUGGGAAAAGGUAUCAACAGUACCACAACAAAUACAUUGCCUAGUGCCAAUGGUGAGGUUUCUCUCAUGGACAAGUUUAAACCUGCGGCUGGAACGUGGGAAUGUGACCAAUGUUUCAUAAGAAAUAAGAGUGACUCGGCAAAGUGUGUUGCCUGUACCAACCCUAGAGAAGCCAAGGCGCAGUCCACUGUUCCGAAUGUUUCAGAGAAGAAAACUAUUCCAAGUGUUUCUGCUAAUUUGAAAGCUGAUCAUAGCUUUGGAGCUCAAUUCAAGAUGGCGCAGGGAAUGUGGGAAUGCACAGAAUGUAUGGUGAGGAACAAGGACUCAGAUUCAAAAUGUGUGUCGUGCACCUCACCGAAACCAGGCGCAGCACCAGUAAAGCCUGCAACAGCAGCUCCUGCCACAACCUUCUCUGGUUGGGAUGCCAAAUUCAAACCAGCCAGCAACACUUGGGAAUGUGGUGUUUGCAUGGUGAGAAACGGGCCCGAAUUGUCUGCAUGUCUAUCUUGCACCACUAAGAAGCCUGGCUCAGCAGCUGCAUCAGAUCCCCCUCUGAAAAGUUCUUGGGGUGACCAGUUCAAGAAGCCUGAAGGCUCAUGGACUUGUAGUGACUGUAUGGUUACAAACAAGUCAUCUGUUGUGAACUGUGUUGCAUGCUCAGCCAAGAAACCAGGUUCAGAAACCUCUGCAUCUGCACCUAAAGAAGCUCCAAAGUUUAGUUUUGGAAUACCUGCCUCAUCCACACCUGCAUUUUCUUUUGGUGUUCCUAAGGACCAGCAAGAAGUUGAAAAAGAUAAAUCCAAUGUAACAAGUUCUACUGGCUUCAAGUUUGGAGAGAGCAAGCCUUCAGCUCCUGCAGCUGCAUUCACAUUUGGUAUUCCUCCUGCUACAUCUCCUCCUGUUUCAGAAGCUCCCUCAACUGAUAAACCAUUGUUCAGUUCAAGUACAUCAAUCUCAUCUCCAAGCCCUGCUCCAUCAGUGAAGUCGACAUUCGAAAUUAAAUCACCGUCGACCUCAGCUUCAGCUGUUCAAUCUUCACCAGCUCAAGGUGCAAAGCCUGCUUUUUCUUUUGGCGUGUCAGCUACUGAUGCAAAGUCCAGCCCCACACCCAUGUUUCCUUUUUCGAAGACCAUGGGCUCACCAACUCCAAUUAAACCAGCAAGUAGUACUGCAGUAACUCCAGUAACUCCUCUAGAAGGCAAGCGGAAGUUAGGUGAUGAUGCACCAAGCAGUUCUGCUCCUCCUGUAAAGUUUGGAGUUGGUAGCAACCAGACUGAUGCUCAAACUAAUCCACUUCUAUCGAGUGCCUCUUCUGUGUCAUCCACUUCAGGCACUGUGUUUUCAUUUUCUUCUACCCCAAAUUCAACGGCUAGUUCAGCAACCCCUCUGUUGAGUGCUACUGUAACUAGUACAGCUAACGGCCAGAAUACUACUGGAGCAGCCAAAACUACAACUGCCAACAGUAUUUUUUCAAGUCUUGUUUCUUCUCCCACUUCAUCAACUAAACCAGCUCCUACUUUUGGACUUGGUAUGGGAGCAACGAAGGACGAGUCAGUGAGCAGCACCUGGAAACCCCCUGCAACUGACAGUGCUAAGCCAGCCACAGACAGUAAUGGAGCUGCUACCGCCCCCAAACCAGUUUUCUCGUUCGGAAGUACUGUAUCAUCAAGUGGUAUGGCAUUUGGCUCAAACAGCAGCUCAGGUACAGCAACUUUCACAUUUGGUGCAGCUGCUGAAAAGACUGCUGCUCCAAGCAAGCCACCUGCUACUUUUGGCUCUCAAAAUAAUUCAGCUCUAUUUGGAUCUGGAUCUGCUGCUCCUACAAAUCCAACACUAACUUUUGGAUCCAACAGUGGCACUGGAUUUGGAUCCUUGUCAUCCACAGCUUCUUUCCCAGUAGCCAACUCGGGUACACCUAGUUUUAGUUCACCGUCAGCCUCAGGUUUUCCUUCUCAAUUCGGAACAGCCCCUGAAGAAAAAAAGCCGGCAUUUGCAUUCAAUGCUGCUGCUGAGCCAAAGAAAACUGGAUUCGCCUUCAAUACCGAAGAGAAGAAAGUCAACUUUUCUUUUGGAGCAUCAUCUGAAGAGGCCAAGAAAACGAGCUUUGCUUUCACUGCCACAAAUCCAGCUUCUACUCAAAACUCAUUUCAGCCUCAACCUGCAGGAGUAUUUACUUUUGGUGCCGCAGCUACUUCUGCACCUGCUCCAGCUCCUGCUGCUGCUAGUGCCCCUGCCAAACCAAAUUUUUCAUUUGGGUCAAACCCAUCCUCUUUCUCUACUUUUAACCCCUCAGCCUCACAACCAGCAGCAACACCUGCACCAACAUUUAGUUUUGGGGCAUCUCCGUCUCCGCCAUCUUUUGCUGCCCCUGGAAAUGGUGCUACUCCAGCCCCCAGCCCAUUUGAAACAACAGGCCAAUCAAUGUUCAAUGCUCCUACAACAUUCAACCCACAAUUUGGGGCUAAUAAUCCUCAACCCUCUGCUGGAUUUAACUUCGCAGCCCAAGCACAACCUAGUUUUGGAGCUCAAAAUUCUGCACCAUUUGCCUUCAAUGGAGAUCAGAGGCCCAGUUUUAAAUUUACUGGAAGUGGGGCACCUAUGAAUUUUGCAGCAACACCUCAAGAUCCUGCUGCUGGUGCUGCCACUCAACAAAGGCGAAUCAGGAAAGCAGCCAGAAGGACUCACAGAUGAAGAUAAACUUGUUAGCCUCAAGUGAACUCAAAUCUUCCUUCCUUAGAGAGAUCAUUUGUGUCCUUAGUUCAAAAAUUUAUUGCGACAUUCUGCUGAAUUUCGGUCAACUAAUGGCAUCAACCAGACUGUUAACAAUUACUUGUGAUAAAUCAACACUGGCUUUCAAACAACUUUAGGCUCAGUUACUGCUCAUAGUACAUAAAUAUUUUACAUUUUUUUACUUUGUGUUGAAGAGUUUCAGUAAAUUACUGAAAGUUGUGUUUUUGUGUAUUCGACAAGAGGUACUGUUGUAAAAAAUGUAUCAACUGGAUGAAAUCAAUUAUUUUGUGUUUUGUUGUGAAACUGUAAUGUAUAUUAAAUUACUUGGAUGUGGAUGUGAUGUUUGGGGAUAAAUGUUUUGACUGUUGUAUUAUAUUACUGCUUCUUGGAUCAGACACAGGUUGUUUCCUGUGUUGUUACAUGUGUUUUUUGUGGAACACUUACAAUCCAUAUAGUCAUAGUUGCAAUUUUCUGAAAAUAUAUUAGUGUCUAAGAGGGAUGUUGUUCCAUGAACAAGUUCUGUAUCUCUUUAAAUUUUUAAACUUUGAUCAUUUUUACUUCUGUACAUGGUGUUAUAAUCAGUUAUAAGUUAUGGACUUUUUUUUGUAGCAUUUUCAAAUCUGACAAUUGUUUUCUCCCCUCCAAAAUCUGUGAUUUUGGGUAACUAUCAUUUGUAUGAACGCCCAAAAAUGUAAUAAAAGAAAGAACUGUGUGUUA